AUGAAAAGAGAAGAUUUUGAAGAGUGUGGGUUUGAAUUCAGACUAGCUUUGAACCUCAUAAAAUUAGUUAGGGAUAUAAAAGAUAAAAAUCUAGAUAAGCCUUUAAUUAAACAUCAAGGGAAACGGUCACUUUCACCCUCUGCUAAAUUAAUUGAUUCCAAGAAGAAAAGAAUAAUAGGGAAUUCAGAAAAGAAUUUCAAAAAAAUCAUAACAUUUGCGAACACUGAUAUUAAAGUGGAUUUAGAUAAAGAAGUAAUCAUUCUUUCUCCACUUCCAAGAACUGAAAGUGAAACUCAUGACAACAAAUUUAAGCAUCCAUACCUGAUUACUCGUAAUAAGAAGGAUGUUUUUGAUGUGAAAUGGGUUCAACCAGAGCAUUAUGCUGAUGUUACAAAAAGAGAAAAAGUAUGGUGUAUCAUUGAUGGUAAAUCACCAAGGAAUACUCAACGAAGGAGUUAUAACCUUAUACAUAUUCACACCAAUAAUGAGAAAAUGAAUGUCAGCGGCAUCAGUGAGCUCACCUUCAUCAGUCACCCUUAUACUUUUUGUGAGUUAAAAUUCGCUUCAACAAUUAUUGGUGAUAAAGUUUUCGUAAAACUAAAAGCAUAUUACAAGGAGGAAACAUACAAGUUUGUUUUUGCAUCAUCAUCUGUACCAUUAUUAGAUGACAUUGAAGAUAAUAAAUAUUGUAAACCAGUAGUUAAAAACUUUGAGACAAUUGAUGCCAUCUAUAUUGGAAAAAAAUACGAUAUGACAUUUCAAAUGACAGUAGGAAAAUCACACGACAUAAAACAACAUGGAUAUGAUUUAAGCUAG